AUGGAGGAGUGCGGGGGCAUCCGCACGGACGGCAGCACCCUGCUCAGGGCCGUGCUGCUCGGCCGCCUGCGCCUGACGCGCCUCCUACUCGAGGGUGGCGCCUACAUCAACGAGAGCAACGAGCGCGGCGAGACGCCGCUCAUGGUGGCCUGCACGAGCCGGCACGCCGACGCGCAGAGCGCCGCCAAGGCCAAGAUGGUGGCCUAUCUGCUGGAGAACGGCGCCGACCCCGACAUCCAGGACAAGUGCGGGCGCAGCGCGCUCAUGCACGCGUGCAUCGCCGGAGCCGGCGCCGAGCUGGCGCAGCUGCUGCUCGCCGGCGGCGCCGACCCCAGCCUUGAGGACCGCUCGGGAGCCUCGGCCCUCGUCUACGCCAUCAACACGGACGACAAAGACACCCUCAAGGUGCUGCUGGACGCCUGCAAGGCCAAGGGUAAGGACGUGAUCAUCAUCACCACCGACAAGUCGGCCUCGGGCGGCAAGACCACGAAGCAGUAUCUCAACGUGCCGCCUUCGCCCGCGGACUUUGACGAUCGGUUCGCCCCGGUGAUGUCCCCUUCCGACAUCGAGCUGCGGCCCACGUUCUCCAACUCGCUGGCCACCGCAACGGAGGACGAGUCCUUGAUGAGCCUCCCGGCAGCCGGCGUCUGCGGCAGGAAGGGUACACCGAAGCACUGCGGAACGCCCAAGCUGCUGCCGCAGCUACAAAAGACGGUGGCUCAUGGCGAGGACGCAAAGAAGGCGAUCGUGUCUCUGGACGAGGAACUCUCCUCCAGCUUUAGCUCUUUGCUCACGAGCAGGUCGAGCGUGCUCGCCAGACACUUCAGCAUGGAUGUGGCGGACGACACCUUUCUGGGCACAUACACGGCCGAGAGGCGGCCGCCUUCCAGCAGAGCAGCGUCGUCCAUGUGUCACAGGUCGCCGCAGAUGGCGAGAAGGAACACCCUUCCCAUGGAAGAACUCACAGAGACCCUGACGCUUCCACCCGUGUGCAGCCUGCAAGAAAUCCUGCGGCAGAGACAGCUGGGCAUUAACCACUACCAUUCCGACACGCAGUUGCAGGCGGAGCCGAUGGCAAUACAUACCUUGGCGGGGAGAUUUGCGAUGGAGCAAAGGAAACGGCACAUGUCAAGCUCGCGUGAUUCGCUCGAUGGCUGGUGGCCACCGAUGGCUCCAGCGAGCGGCGAGAGGCGGGGGUCUGGUGGAGUUGGGUUCCCGGCGGAACAGAUGUCUCUGGUCGCUGCGAGCACCGAGCGCAGAGGGUCCGGUGGUGCGAACGUCCUCAUGGAGCAACUGUCGCACAGUCGGCCCAGUAUCCUGCCUCCUAUACCCAUCAGCGUGACUCCAACUGCUAGUGCGAGCACCUCCGAGGCAACCCCGGGAUUUUGCAAACAACCGCAGAUUUCGGUCAAACCUGGGGUGCCGACGCUGCCCUGUUCGCCGAGCCACCAAGAGGUGAAGGGCAAGAAAAAAUUCCCAAGGCGCCACUCCAUGCAGGUGGAGCAGAUGAAGCUGCUGCUCACGCACGGAGAUGGAUCUGGUGACUAGGCAACUCCCGAUUUUAAUCCGGGAACGAAACGUGACCACCCCUGCAAUAUCCUUCUGUAACCUUAAAAGAUAUCUUCGCAUACGAAAUGUAAAAUGCGUGGCUAUUGAGAGAAAGGGGAAGGGGUUGCGUUGCUGUGCUGGGAACGUGUGGGACUGUGCAAUGCGGUAUCCUAGUGUAUUAUUGGAAGAGAUGCGAGAGUGUAGAAGGAACUUUGUUUUUGUACGAGGCACUUUGUUGACCGAGGGCACAGGUUUACAAAUCACCCAUGAAACAAUAGUUGGGUCGAAAAGUUAACCUGAAAGCUGGGUCUGGGCAGAGCUGUUGGAAACACUUAAAAUUAAUAACACAAGUAGGUUAUUUAUAAAUCUUGUUAAAAAUUAUA